AUACUUAAAACGGCAUUCUUUGGCGGGAACGUCUUAUAUCCAUUCUGUUUCUAUACGGUGUAUUGAUUGCUCAGAAAACCACUUAACAUUCAGAAAUGCAUUUUGUGGAGAUUUUAAAGUGUUGGGAAGAAUGCAAAUCAUCAGAGAAUUAUGAUAGUCUACCACCCAUGAUCAACGCUUAUAUACAAUCUUCAAAUCAUCACAUAAAUGUGACAUCUGCAGAUGAUGUAAAGUCGUUAAAUUCUCUAGUAGCGGCUGGUUUUUGCGACGAAUACUGUGAUACUACACAAAAUACUAUUCUUGACCUCAUUAUUUUCUUCGGAAAAAAUAUACAAACUCGAUAUCAACUCUUAACAUACUUCUCUAUAUUAAAGCCAUUAAUAUAUGGUAUUAUCUCCAAUUCUGUGGAUUCUAAUAAAAUGAAGUUGCUGAAAGCAUUACAACUUUACACAGAGGAUUUGCACAAUCUGAAUGUACAGAUAGAUCAAAUUUUGUUUUCUCGUGCACUCAACUUUAUUAUUCGCAUUAUCCAUUCAAAUGAUAAUCUUCUUGAACCUGCUCUUGGUAUUUUGGCUAAUUUAUCUCAUUUCUCAAGUCUUGUAAAGCAGACGUUAACAAAGAAGGAGGACUUCGAAGCACUACGUAAUUGUUUACUUCGUAUAAUAAGCUCAGAUCAAGUAAGCCGUUCGGCUUUGGUUUUCUCCGUUGCUGUAAGAUUUCAUUUAUGGAAUUCAGCUGAUAAGUUUUUUGAAGGUCUAAAUGCUCACAGAACACUUCAAGUUUUAUUUAAUGUAUUGUUGAAUGGAGAUGUCAGUAUGUGUGGACUAUGUGCUGGUGAACUUCUGAGUGACCUAUCAUGUGCUGAACCCCAAUUUUUCACCUCUGUACUAAUCAGUUUUCCAGCUCAUAAGACUUUCCUUAAAGAAGUUGUCUCUCAAUUGAGAGCAAAAGAUUCAUCACUUCUAUUAAAGUUAAUGAAUUUGCUUCGUAUUCUUUUGGGGAAUACUGAUUCAGGAAUAGAUGAUUAUAUACGUAAAUUAUUCUUCACUUCUGAUCAAGAUAAAAAAUCAACACUAAAUAAUGAUUUAUAUCAACCAUAUGAUUCACUCUUAACUUUAUUCUCAUUGGUUAGUGGAUCUGAUGAUUUAAUUGCUUCAGUUGCUUUAGAUUUACUGGAUGAACUUGUCAAGAUUCCUAACCAGAAGGAUCCAACUGAUCUCACUAUACCUCGAGAUUUUUUAUUUGUGAAAACUGUUGAAGCAUUACGCAAAAUUGGCGACUCAUCAGAUUCUUUGAAGUCGACAAACGAUUGUCAUUGGGAUCGACUUUCUGUCUCUGGUCAUAUCUUUCGAACUCAAUUGUUAAUUCGACAUUUGAAACAUUUGAUUAGUCUUUUCCAAGUCGAUUCUAUACCAGAACCUACGCUAAGUGUGGCAGAAUCAGAUAUUCUGUGUCAGAUACCGGUUUUAAGCAAUUUUCUAUGUCAAUUAGUACACAAUCAUAUGGACAGUAAUCCGCUUGUAGAAAUUUUGUUAAACGAUGAACAAGAAAAUUUACGUCUUGAUUGUUGUACAGCGGUCAGUAACAAAUUGGAUGCUGAUGUAUGCUUACUGUCAUGUGCACUUUCAGCUGAAGCAAUGGGCCUCCUUUACCAAUGCACUGAACUGUUAUCAUCAUGUGCUCCAGUCACUUCACAAGAUGAUGAAGUAUCACUUACACAAAACACUCCAGAUAAAUCAAAGCAUAUUGAAACAGAUCUUAAAUUUACACAAAAUGUUGCUCGACAGUGUGGUCAUUCAUUACAAUCUCUAAUUGAACGUCCUGAGAUGCCUGGCUUACUAGCCCUUUGUUUAACAACAUCUAGUCCAUUUUGCCAAAGUGAUGAUGUGAUGGGAAUGGGUAUUCAAACUCGUGAAGAUGUCUUUCGAUUGCUUAAUCUGGCUCGUCAUGUUGAAAAAUUUGAUAGUGAUCGAUUUGUGUUUCUUUUCGAUUUGCUCAUAAAUCCAUUUGGAAUUAAUGGGAAUAAACUGCUGACAUUUCUGUCAAAUGAAGAGCUAUGUUGUCAUAAUAAACUUAAGACACCUUUUUUAUACAAAUGGUUUCGCUCUGUGGAUAAUGGUGCAGAUACAUUUAGGCAUGUUAGUCGAUCAGGGGAUAUACAUAUACAUCUUACAGAAUCAUCAAAAACGGAGACAUUAGAAAAGAAUGUUGACAAUUACUUAACUAACUGGAAGUUGGCUGAAGGGGAUCACGUUCCAGAUGACAUUAAACUAACUUUAUCAAUGUACGAAUAUAAAAUUCGUCUUCUACAAUCUCGUGAGAAAAUUUUAGAGAAAAAUGCUACACUUAAUGCUGAAGCCUCAGCUAGUGCACAUAAACUAUGCGAUCAUUAUCGUGAACGUCUUGAAUUGGCUGAAUAUGAAGCUAGUAAAUUACGCAGGCUACAAAUAGAUUCGAUCACUAAUAUACACAAUCAGAAAAGACAACUUUCUUUUCAAAAAGAACAAUUAGAGAAGUAGGUUACUCUUUUGAAAAUAAAAUUCAAUAAUUCUGAAAUUGUAAUAUUUGUGAAAUUUCAGUUGAAUGAAUUUCUUCAAAGAAGCAGUUCUCACAAGGUAGUUAAAUGUCUGGAAUAAUUGUUUUUUACACUUGGUUCUAUUGUUAUUAGACUACAUGGAAUCCGGUAUAGUGGGUGACCCGGUUGUAAUCAGAAAAAUAGCAGAUGGAGAGCAUAAAAAUCAGAAGUGAAAUAAUAAAAAGCCUGGCAAAAGAUAUGAAAGGACAAGCCCACUAGGUUGUUCAGCUCACCUAUGCUAUCAUAGUUAAUCUUAAACUGUUUACUCUAAACCCUGAUAUUGAUUCUUACUUUUUUAUCAGCGUUAUCUUGCAACAUUGAACUCUCACCUAAUGAAGAUUCAUCUUCAUCUAGGAUACUAAACACAUCUAUUGUUGGACAUUCAUAGUGAUUAUGAGUGUCCUCCUCUUCAUAUCUGAUAUCGUCCUCCUAACCUCAUCUUUUGUCACAUCGUAGUCCCACGGUACUUCAACAGUGUUGGUGAUGUGCAGUUGACAUCUGACGUGGUUUGUUGAUACGUCUUUAGGUGCUGAUUAUUUGUGAACAAAUUUGAAAUGCUUUUGCUAUUUAUAUGAAGUUCUAUAUGUAGUUCUAACAAUAGUAUCCAACAGCCAAGUUCCUGACAACACUAUCGCUCACAGAACAACUCAUGCUAAAAAUAAAUUACCAUGCUACUUAACAAUCAAAUUCUUAUAUACAUUAAACUAUUCACACUGGUACAUAAAUGAGAGAGAGUUUGGAGGCGGGAAUAUCCAGAUGACGAGUCCCAAAUCGGACGAAACGCGCAUCCUGGAUUCCACUGCUAACCACUACCCAUCAUUACAGUAAUCAGAACACAGGUAAUAUCGAGGCAUUCGCACAGGAGCCUAUAUGCCAAUAGAGACGGAUCAAUCCGGUUCAGACAACGACGGUGCAAUACAAGCAAUAAUACCAUGCUACUUAACAAUCAAAUUCUUAUAUACAUUAAACUAUUCACACUGGUACAUAAAUGAGAGUUAAACGUUAUGGUGACUUCUGACAUAAGACAGGUUUAGAGGCUCAUUACUGAACUGAACUCCAGUUCAAUCAUUAGUUAGAAAAAAGAAUGUAGGAAGGGAUUGAAUUGAUUUAUUAUCUAUGCGUUUUGAUAAUGUACAGACCGAAGACUUGUGACUUCCUGAAGUGAUCUUUCAGGUCAGCUAAUGUUAGAAGAUGAAAGUGAAAUUCGGUGGAGAUUAGAACUUUUCAGAACGGUUUGAUUAAAAAUAUUAAGUUUCUAACCCUUUGAAAGUGGUAUCGCAAUCGCCUUCAUAAGCCUGUUUUGAUUAUGUGAUCAACCCAGUGACAAUUAUCCAAGAUAAAGGGUGAUACUUUUAAUUUUAUGUACACCAAUCUUAAAGUGAGCAGAUAUUUUUAACUCUAUUUACUUGUUGUUAUUCUUGUGCCAUAAUCACUCCUAUAUUUUGUCCAUGGAUUCCAAUUCAUUUUAGAUGCUUUUUGCUUGUCAAACUGCAUUUUAUUUUUGACAUUUCGUUACCAUUUUGUGCUCAACUUUACUUCACUUAUUUAUCAAGUUUGCACAGUAAAGAAAGAAUAAUUUUAUCUAAAUUCUUUGGUGUCAAUAGAGUCCAGGAUGCGUAUUUUUUUCUAGUUGGGACUCGCCAACCAUCAACACGCAGUUAAUAUCAGAAUGAAUGUUGAGAUUUUACUGGAACAUUCAUUCGCUGGUUUCAUAUACCAACAGAGACGAAACAUCUCAGCUGAGAAAAAUAAACAACAAGAAAUCCUAAGCCUGUGUUUAAAAAAAUAAUAAUAAAGACGUAUCUAUUUUUUAUGUUGAUAUACUCAAAUUACUACCCUUCUAUAUCUUCCAGGUUUGGUAACGAUAUCACUCAACUAACUGAACAGUUGGAAGCGAAACGUAAAUGUUACGAAGAAUCUGAAUUAAAAGCUGAAACUCUUCAGAAUAAGCUAAAAGCUGCGCGUGAACAAAUCAGGUCUAUGGAUCUGACCAUAGACGAUUACAGAAACCAACUGAAUCAAGCACAGAAUCAAAUCCAAGCUCAAACUGCACAAAUUAACAAGUUCACUCAAAUCACUAGACUUAUCAACGAUCUUACUGGUAAUCCAGCAGCGGAGUUGGGAACCUCUCUACUAACUACCAGUGCUUCUGACCGGCCAAUAACAAGUGAUCCUAUUACUUCUCAAUCUGUUUGUGACAGUGGUCGAGUCAAUUCAGUGUCAACACGAAAAGGUGCUAGCCGGAAUGCCCGACAUUAAGCCAAGAAAUAUAUAUAUGCAUGUUGUUUUUCGUCUCUUUGUACAUAAACACUAAUUCUUUUUUGUGUAAUGAAGUAUUCUGUAUUCCUUUAUGAUGAAUGAAAUAAAUCAAUCAUCAAGAAGAC